UUUCUUGUUAUCACUUCUGGUUCAGGAAGAGAAAUGGCUGCCCUAGCUGUUGUGGAGACACCAUCCGGGAAAGAUGCAAUUGCAGAAGGACUGCUUGGUCUCUUGAAACCAGCUGUCCAGCAGCUUGAUCUUCAUGUUCAUUCAGUGAGGGAAAGCCAGGUGGAACUACGAGAACACAUAGACAAUCUAGCCACAGAGUUGUGCAGGAUAAAUGAACACCAGAAGGUGGUGCUAGACCUGGACCCCUAUGUGAAAAAGCUGCUGAAUGCAAGACGCAGGGUGGUGCUGGUCAACAACAUACUACAGAAUGCUCAGGAACGGCUGCGACGACUCAAUCACAACGUCGCCAAAGAGACGGCGCGUCGGAAGACCAUGCUGGAGACCUCUGGAGCGUUCACGCCUCGGUCGCCCAGUAAACCAUGACCAGUAAACCAUGCCCCACUCCUCAGCUCAACAAACUGCUUAGUAACAACACUGAGCUUGUCUUCCUGUGUCCUGGACUGAAUAAAGUUUUCACAUUCAACUCUCCACUGGGGUUGGGCAGUAUCCAGAUUUUCAUAUAUUCAUACCGUUCCUGUACCAUACCGGGAAAUACGGUAUUACAGUCAGUGCACACAAGGGCCGCUAUUUAUUUUGAAAAAAAAUUAUUUUGGGGGGGGUUGGGGUCCCAACGAGUUACAAGCGAAUUCCCAUAGCGGAUGCUAGCUAAAUGCUAACAAGCACAAGCGAACAUAAACUAAUUGCAAGGACAGACCACUAUCUCAAAAGGCUACUCACAGUUUGCUGCAUGCACAAAACAAAUAUUAGACAGUAGGGGAUUGAUUGUCUCUGCUGUAACCAAGAAGCUUAAUCUUGCCAUCUAGCCACAUAGCUGCAUAACUGGAGCCCUGAGAUGGAUAUAAAUUAUUUGGCACAUCUUAGAUAGUUAACUUAGUUAUAAGCAGAGGUGUAGCACGCACCACCGCAGCCCCGCGACACGGGAGGUUUAGAGCUUUAGGGGGCCCGGGGACAGUAUUGAAAAUCUGUAUUUCAAAAUACCCCAGUAUAUGGUACAUACGGUAUAUCGCCAAAGCCUACUCUCCACCCAGGUGUGAUGUACCAUUGGAUACUGCAGCAGUGAGACUGGGGGAAAGUUCUCUUUCCAUUCUCACAGACUAAGGCAAUGCUCAGUUUACCUGCUGAAACGCCAACCUCACAUCUCUGCUUUGUGCUAUUGUAGCAACGUGUACGUGUCUUGUGUAGUCAUAAACUACUAGUUUACAAUAAGCCAAAGGCAAUUAGAAUCAGGGGUGCUUUUGCUUCAAAAACGUACACAACUUGAUCAAAUGUUAUUUGAAUGCCAUCUCAAGUCAUGCCUUUUCACAAUUGCAUAUAUGUACAGCUUUGCUAUGGACCCAAGAGGGCUUGGUUCAUCCUUAACAACCUAAGCCUAUCCUAUCAGUUCCCCCCAUUGUUUCCCCCACAUGACACUGUUUGACUUGCCAAACACUUGUCACACUAUUUUCCACAUAUAUUUCAUGAAAAUUCAUGAAACAAUUAAUCUGAUAUGUUCAGAAAUUGCAACUGAAAUAGGAUUAAGUGUAGAAGCAUGGGUGGCUGGUUAUGUUCAAGUUAUGCAAAGAGAUAUGAGUUUACACUGCUGGAGGGCUUUGGGCCUACUGAUUUUUACGACCCUCUCUUUCCAGAAUAUGUUUAUGAAUGCCUCUGCAUUCCAUUCAAAGCUAUGCCCACAGAUAUGUAGUUGAUGGAACUGGUUCUUCUCUAGUGUGAAGUAUUUUUGUCACUGUGGUUGGUCUAAGUAACUAGACCCGGCAAUAACAUUUAGUGCAGAAAAAAAGAUGCAAGGAAUGUUCGGAAACAGAGCAGUCACUGUUUCACGCUUCUAGCAGCAGCUGAUAUGCAACCCUGCCUGAUAUGGUUUGUCAAACCUUUUUUUCCUAGAUGUCAAAUCACAUUUUAUUGGUUGCAUACACAUAUUUAGCAGAUGUUAUCGCAGGUGCAGCAAAAUGCUUAUGUUUCUAGCUCCAACAGGGCAUUAAUACCUAACCAUACAAAACAUGUUAAUGACAACUUCUGUACUUAGUAGUUGCUAUUGAAUAAAACAGAGAAGCAUCACCA